AUAGAGUUGUCGUUCUCACGUUGCAUAAAGCACUUUGAGAGAUUGUAAAUUUUUCAACUGAAAAAGUAGACCAUGAUUACGAUGAAAAAAGGCAUAGCCUUAGGCGUUGAUUCACAAGCCUCAGAAGAAAUUUCAAUUAAUGGAAUAGACUCUAAAAAGGAUUCAGAUAUCAAGCAGUUAUUACAAAUUCCUGAUCAGAAUCAAACCGAUAUGAGAUCAUCAUCUGAGAUAGAUACGGAAAAUUACAAGGAGGCUUCAUUAACAUACGAAGAUCAUGAAAUUAUCUUCAAUGAAGGAGAAGAAGUUACUCUUAUGUAUUCUAGGCAUGAGAAAAUACCUAUGAAAGAUUUUGGAUCAGAGAUUAGGGCGUCAAUGGAUGUUGAGAAUUUUUUAAAUAGAACCCUUCUGUUUUUGGAUGUUCCUGAUGGAAAUCCGGAAAGAGUUUUGGAAAACAUGCUCAAAAAUCUUCUUGAAGAGGAGUCCUGCACCGUAGAUGAAGCUAAGAAAGCAAUUUUCACUACCGAUUCAGUGAAGAAGCUUGCAAAAACCAUUCAAGGAACAACAACCUUUGAAGGUGGAUGCGAUUUAGAUCAAUCUUGGAUAUGUAUUCUCUGCACUUUGCCAACUAUUCAGAGAAGACAUGUAGCUAUAGCUAGAUUGAAACACCCUGCCAACUUGGGGAGGACUAGUCAGGAAGUUUUCUUUAUUACUUUAAUCGUUGCUCCUGCAAAAUUGAAAGGAACGAAAAAUGCUCUAGAAACAGGAAGAACUUUUGCAACACUUUUCGCAGACUCUGAACUACGUCACAACCUGUUAACAUGCCACUCUGAGGAUGAAUUUAAGAAACUUUUAUCUUCUCGCACUAAAUUUUUGGCUGAAAGACAAAGAGAUCACGAAAGACGUUUUUCUGAAGGAGAACCGGCCGCUUUUAACUUGGCAAGCACUACAAAUAAAAGCAAGUGUUGCUUUUUUGGUAGAGAUUUAUAUGAAGACAUAAAGAGGAGACUACCUCACUAUGUAUCAGAUUAUAAAGAUGGGAUAAUAGGCCACAAGACUCUCCAAAAAACUGCAGCAACAGUAGUGUUUUUAUAUUUUUCUUGUUUGCUGCCAUCAAUAGCCUUCGGUGUAUUAAAUGCCAGCAAUACAGAUAACAAAAUAGAUGUGACGAAAGUAAUAGUUUCACAAGCAUUUGGUGGGCUAUUAUUUGCAAUUUUUGGAGGGCAACCUAUGGUUAUCGUUCUAACAACAGCUCCAUUGGCACUCUAUACUAAAGUGGUAGCAAACAUAUGUACUGACUUUGAUCUAGACUUUUUUGCAAUGUAUGCCGCUGUGGGCUUGUGGAAUAUGUUUUUCUUGAUAAUCUACUCAGUAUUUGGCUUGAGUAGGCUAAUGAAAUGGUCUACUAGAUCUACCGAGGAGAUAUUUGCUUUAUUUAUUUCGAUCGCUUUUACAGUUGAUGCAGUUAAAGCAAUAGUAAAAGAUUUCGAUCAUAACUACGAUAAUCCUCUCUGUCAUCACAAUGUCACAGCAAACUUAGCGGCUCCUCUCCUCGAAUGCCCGAGAGCUAAUAGUAUUCUGUAUCUCUUACUGACCUUAGGCACGUUAUGGCUUGGAAUUUCCCUAUUCAACUUUACAAAAACACCAUAUUUGAAUGAAAAUAAACGCGAAAUAUUAGCAGACUAUGCUCUGCCUUUUUCGGUGCUUUUUAUGUCUUUCAUUGGUUCUUACGUCUUCAAGGAUAUAAAAUUAGACAAAUUUCAAUCACAAGACUUAAAUAUUACGACACCACCUCUCAAAGAAAUGUCUUCUGGAUCGAUAUUUGGAGCAAUGGGAUUAGGAUUCUGCUUAAGUUUAUUAUUCUUUAUGGAUCAGAAUAUCUCAGCGGCUAUGGUUAAUAGCCCAUCAAAUAAGAUGAAAAAAGGCUCGGCUUAUCACUGGGACCUUUUGUUAAUUGGUAUUCUCAAUGGGGCUUUGGCCUUUUGCGGUUUGCCCAUGGUGCAUGGAGCUCUACCUCAUUCACCUCUACAUGUUAGAGCUAUGGCAGACGUUGAGGAGAGAGUCGACCAAGGUCAUAUCUCAACAAAAAUUGUUCGUGUUCGUGAAACAAGAUUAACAGGCAUUAUAUCCCAUAUUUUUAUUGGAAUAUCAUUUUUUAUGGUCCCAACGCCUUUACACUACAUUCCAAAAGCCGUGCUUUAUGGAUUAUUUCUUUACCUUGCAGUAACUGCACUCAGUUCCAUUCAGAUGUUUGAUAGACUAUUACUGCUAAUUACGGAGCAGGCUGCCUAUCCACCAAAUCAUUACAUUCGCUCAGUACCACAGAGGAAAAUUCAUUUUUUUACACUAACUCAGAUGAUUCAAUUAGCUGUUCUUUGUGGUUUUGGAUUUGCCCCUUUUCCUUACUUGAAAAUGUGUUUUCCCAUUCUCAUUCUCUUACUUCUGCCAAUAAGGCAUAAGAUUGUUCCUUAUAUAAUAGAACGGAAGUAUCUGAAGUUUCUGGAUGGACAUAUGUAA